CGGCGAAACUGUUUGAGGAAAAAGUUUAAACGGAGGGGCGGGAUAAUAUUUGAAAUUGAAUUGUUGCACGCAGCUUUAAAUAACAGGCGAGUGACAGAGCACAUCUGGUCAUUGAUAAUUGUAUGUCGAUAUACGUGGCAUCACUAAAGCUAACCUGUUAAAUCGGAGCGAGUUUUUCUGCUUGGAAGAAGUUGGAACAAUGGCCUCUCAGAAUAUGGAUCCUGCUGCAGCCUCUUCUACCACAGCGCUGAAAGGUAGCGAGACCGGGGGAAGCGCAGCCAGGGGAUCGGUCUCGAAGAGGCUACAACAAGAAUUGAUGACACUAAUGAUGUCUGGAGACAAGGGAAUUUCAGCUUUUCCUGAAUCUGAUAACCUCUUCAAGUGGAUUGGGACUAUAGACGGCGCACAGGGAACGGUUUAUGAAGGCUUGAGGUACAAGCUGUCCUUGGAGUUCCCCAGCGGGUAUCCCUACAAAGCGCCCAGGGUAAUGUUCAUCACCCACUGCUUCCACCCCAAUGUCGACGAGCAUGGCUUCAUCUGCUUGGACAUCCUGAAAGAGAAGUGGUCGGCCCUUUACGAUGUCCGCUCGAUACUGCUGUCCAUUCAGAGUUUGCUUGGAGAACCCAACAACGAGAGCCCGAUGAAUGCAGGCGCUGCUGAGCUGUGGGAGAACAAGGAGGCCUACAAAGCCCGUUUACUCGCAACCUACAAGAACUGACCUGCGACAUCUCAACCGCUGCUGUUUUAUUUCUGUGUUUCUUCUGUUGGCGUAUAAUUAUGUACAUUUUUCCUUGUUUCUGUGUAUGUACAGUUGUUUGUUUUUUUGUAUUAAGCAUAUGAGAAUAAAGACAUUUAUGGUAAA